AUGGUGGGCCACAUUCUAUUGGUCAUAUCAGCUAUUCCACCUGUACUGGACAAUUCCGAUGGUGCUUUGGCUUGCUUUAUAAUUGCUAUUAUUAUCAUGGGUCUUGGUACAGGUUGUUUUAAGAGUAAUUGUUCGGUUUUGAUUAUUGAUCAAAUCAAAAUUAAGGAGCAGACAGUGGUUCCGCUCAAGUCAGGGGAGCGUGUCAUCGUUGAUCCAGCACUCACCACGGAGCGACUAUAUCUUUGGUUUUACUUAAUGAUUAAUAUCGGUUCAUUUUGUGGACAAAUUGGCAUGGUUUAUGCAGAAAAGUGGAUUGGUUUUUGGCUCGCAUUCCUGCUUCCAACCCUUGUUUUUAUUAUACCCAUCCCUGUUCUGUGGAUUGGCCGCAAAAUUUACACGGUUGCGCCACCGGAUGGUUCUGUUCUGAAGAAUGCCGUUCGGGUCUGUGCACUUGCGAUUCGGAAAAACUGGAGUUGGAAUCCCAAGACCUUCUUGAGGCUUUGGAAAUCGCCGCACUACUGGGACUGUGCAAAACCAUCUCUGGUGCCUGAACAUGAUCGCAAGUCUUGGAUGACAUAUGACGACCAAUGGGUGGACCAAUUAAGUUGCGGUGCCAAGGCAUGCUUUAUCUUCCUUCUAUUCCCUCUUUACUGGGUCUGCUAUAAUCAAAUCUCGAACAAUCUCAUUAUCCAAGGUGGGCAAAUGGACAUUGGUUCAACACCGAAUGAAAUUCCUGGUACACUAGAUCCCAUCUUCAUCAUUGUCUUUGUGUUUGUAUUCAACCUUGCAGUAUAUCCCCUACUCGAUCGUAUGAGGGUGCCUUUUACACCGAUUAAGCGGAUCACAGUCGGAUUUUUCACUGCGUGCGCCGCCAUGAUCUUUUCAGCUGUUCUUCAGCAUUAUAUUUACGCCAAAAACCCUUGUGGUAAUCGCGUAGGUGAUGACAUUGUCAUCAAUGGUAUUGACUGCAGCGGUACCAAUGCUAACAUAACUGUCUGGGUGCAGGCGGGUUCGUACGGUCUGGUUGCGCUUAGUGAGAUAUUCGCAGCUGUUACUUCAUUGGAGGUCGCAGUCUUACUGGCACCUACUAACAUGCGAUCCAUUAUCAUGGCAGUGAGUCUUUUCACCACUGCCUUUGCGUCGGCCAUAAACGAGGCCUUUAAUCCACUUUCCAAGAACCCAUUGUUUGUUGCGAAUUACACAGUUUUUGCAUGCCUUUCGUUUGUUGGCGGGAUUUUGUUCUAUCUCAUGUUUAUGGGUAUUGAUCGGAACCAAGAAGAGCUUAAUCUUGUUCUGCAACAUAGCGCCAAGAACGCGCAAGACAAUAACGACACCUCUGUCACCCACGCCGAUUUCCCAUCCGACUCUCACACUGAUUUGCAUGUUGAGAAGCCCACUUCAACCACCGAUUUUCGCACUGAUAAGCCAACAACCUCUACAGAAGCUCACGACGAUGUCCGUUUCACUGUUGAGGAAGGCACGUCUUGA